AUUCCACAAUAAACGCCACGCGGAAGAUACCACUGCACAGUUUCGUUGUUUCCUCGCACUCCUCACUACCACUUUUCUCCAACGGAAAAACGUCCACAUUCAUCAAACCUUUCAACCAAACACAAAAGCUCCAUUAACGCUUCGUUUUAGGGUUCCGUAGCUCUUCCAGUGCAGGAAAGAUAAGAGUACUGUUUCUUGAUGUCGACUUUGGGCCAUCCAUCAAACGUAUUCUGGCAUCAGUGUACGGUUGGGAAGGCGGAGAGGGAAAAACUACUUAAUCAACAGGGAUGCAUUGUAUGGAUUACUGGCCUCAGUGGUUCAGGAAAAAGCACACUUGCAUGCACUCUUGGUAGAGAAUUACACUCGAGGGGUAAGCUUUCUUAUAUUCUUGAUGGUGACAACGUUCGGCAUGGUCUCAACAAGAAUCUUGGUUUCUCACCGGAAGACCGGACUGAAAAUAUCCGCAGGGUUGGGGAAGUUGCGAAGCUCUUUGCAGAUGCUGGUUUGAUUUGCAUUACCAGUCUAAUAUCGCCUUACAGAAAGGAUCGGGAUGCUUGCCGGGCAAUGUUGCCAGAUGCGUUUGUUGAGGUCUUUAUGAAUAUACCAAUAGAAGUAUGCGAAGGAAGAGACCCAAAGGGCCUCUACAAGCUUGCUCGUGCUGGGAAAAUUAAAGACCAUGAUUGCGUUGCAGGUUUUACUGGAAUAGAUGACCCUUACGAGCCGCCUUUAAACUGCGAGAUUGAACUACAACUGAAAGAGGGAGCAUGUCCUACGCCAAAUGAAAUGGCGGGGCAAGUGGUUUCUUAUUUGGAGGGCAGGGGCUUUCUGCAAACUCUAUGAUCACAAAUUUUCGGCCCCGGGGAACAGAAGCUGCUACUGCAGCAAGAAAUCAAGAAUACUGUUAUUUGCAAUGCAAUGUUUUUUUCUCUUUAUCUAUAUAUAUCCUGCAGAUGUUAUACAAGGUUUAGAGGUAUUAUUAAGAUUAAGAUUAGGAUUUGUUUGUUUUGUGAUGAACAUUGGGGGUUAGUAAUUGUCUGAUACCAAAACGCCUUGGCAGUGCAAAAUACAAAUGACUGGUUCCCCAUCUCUUUCACACAUUGUACAAUCAUUUAUAAAAUAAGUUAAACGUUUGUCUAAAAGUUUCGUUU